GUGAUCCCCGCGCUGGGCUGGCGAGCGGGACUCGGCGGCCGCAGGGUGCCGGCAGCCCCGCGGCGAGGCGCGACCCCGCCAUGCCGUGCGUGGGCGACUGGCUGAACAGCCCCCUGAGCAUCGUGCAGGGCAUCUUCGCCCAAAAUGCUCCAAACUCUGACUGGGAGAAGAAGGUAACCGAAUACUUCAAGGAGAAAUUAAAAGAAAAUAAUGCUACUAACUGGGUCCCAUCACUGAAUGAUGUUCCUGUGCAUUACCUGAAACCCAACAGCUUAGUGAAAUUUCGCUGCAUGGUUCAAGAUAUGUUUGAUCCUGAGUUUUACAUGGGAGUCUAUGAAACAGUUGACCCAAACACAAAUGCACGUGUUUUGCAUUUUGGUAAAUACAGAGAUGUGGCAGAAUGUGGGCCUCAGCAGGAAAUUGAUUUGAACUCCUCACAAACAGUCACCUCGGAGAGACAGACUUUCUACUGUGUUCCAGUGCCUGGUGAAUCAGCAUGGGUGAAGGAAGCCUACAUCAGUGCCAGCCAGGCCCGGGUGAGCCCCUCCACCUCCUACACCCCCAGCCGCCACAAGAGGAGCUACGAGGAGGAUGAGGACAUGGACCUGCAUCCCUCCAAACAGAAGGAGCAGCACGUGGGCAGUGGAGGUGAUAUCCAUGGAUGUGUGGAGCCAAAGAGAUUAGAAACAGAAGCUUCUGCAGGUCAUCAUGUCAUUUCUCCCAACUGCUCCCCUCCACUUGACCUAAAUUUUCCCUUGCCAGGAGAGAAGGGACCAGCAUGUCUUGUAAAGAUCUAUGAGAGCUGGGAGAGCUUCAAAGUCAAUGAUGUGCUGGAGGUGUUUGGUGUUCUGUCUGUGGACCCAGUGCUGAGCAUAGUGAACAGUGAAGAGAGGGACAGCUCCAGCCUGGAUCCCAUGGAGUGCAUGGACACCAUGGAGGAGCAGAGGGUGCACAGCCCCCCAGCCUCCCUGGUGCCCAGGAUCCACGUCAUUUUGGCCCAGAAGCUGCAGCACAUUAACCCCUUGCUGCCUGCCUGCCUUCACGAAGAGGAGAGCAAAACCUUUGUUUCUAAUUUCAUGUCUGAGCUGUCACCAGUGAGAGCAGAGUUGCUGGGGUUCCUCACCCAUGCCCUCUUGGGAGACAGUUUGGCUGCUGAAUACCUGAUACUGCAUCUCAUUUCUACAGUCUAUGGCAGACGGGAUGUGCUUCCUCUGGGAAAAUUCACCGUCAACCUGAGCGGCUGUCCCCGGAGCAGCGCCUUCAGCGAGCACCUGUACCGCCUCAUCCAGCAGCUGGUGCCAGCAUCCUACCACCUGCGCAUGAGCAUCGAGAGCAUGAACCACUCGCGCUUCAUCCCCCACAAGGACUACGCGGCCAACCGCCUGGUCAGCGGGCUGCUGCAGCUGGCCAGCAACACCUCCCUGGUCAUAGAUGAGACCCAGCUGGAGCAGGGACAGCUGGACACUGCAGGUGUCCAUAAUGUGACAGCCCUGGGUAACCUGAUCACUUGGCAGAAGGUGGAUUAUGACUUCAAUUACCACCGGAUGGAAUUCCCAUGCAACAUUAAUGUGCUGAUCACUUCCGAGGGCCGCUCGCUGCUGCCGUCAGAUUGCCAAGUCCACUUACAGCCACAGAUAAUUCCCCCGAACAUGGAAGAGUACAUGAGCAGCCUCCUCACUGCAGUGUUGCCCUCCGUGCUGAACAAAUUCCGAAUUUACCUGAGUUUGUUGAGGCUGCUGGACUACAGUAUAUCUGAUGAGGUGACCAAGGCAGUGGAAGAAGACUUUGUGGAAAUGCGCAAGAACAACCCCGAGAGCGUCACGGCCGAUGACCUGCACAAAAUGCUGCUGGUGGCCAGGUUCCUGUCGCUCAGCGCGGGGCAGACGACGCUGUCCAGGGAGCGGUGGCUGCGAGCGAAGCAGCUGGAGGCACUGCGCAAGGCCAGGCUGCAGCAGCAGCAAUGUGUCAAUGGCAAUGAACUUUAACACCUGCUGGAUGUCACCCUGAACAUGGCUCUAAUCCAAGGUGCAACCCAUACUAAGAUUGGAAUAUUGUUUAUACCAGUUUUUGUAGAUAAUUUAUACCAAAAAGUUAUGGAUAUUUACCCUUGCGGUCUGAACGCGCUUAACUCUGUUCAGCCACCUAAACAUAUUUUAUGGAAUUUUUUUGGACCGUUUUGUAAUUGAAAAUUGGUAACAUUGAGCAAAUUGUUUGAUAUUAAACUUUAAUACUGAGGUUGUGUAAACUUACUCCCUUUAAUAAUAAGAGAAUUUAAGCCAGAGCCCUUCAUACAUAGCAGUGGUCUGCUCUGUUCUGGAGGACAUUUGUGCUCUCAUUUCUGCUUGGCUGAAUUGUGAGGAUCAGAGCUCUCAGCUGGGCCAGCAGCUGCAGCUGGAGGAGGUGCUGACUUCACUCUCUGUGCUGUUCUGUGAGCUGGGGCAGGUCACACUCAGAGCAGCAGCAGCAUCAGUGUGAUGAUAUCAGUGUGGUACCAAGCAGUGAUCUGACCAACUCAGGUAUGAAAAAUAUUUGCCUUGUGCUUUGAGCAGACCAUGACUUCUCACAUUUCUCCAAUGAGCUUUGUCCUGGUACAGCUUAUUAAAAAAACCCACAUUGGCUGGACAGUGGGUGAUACUCCUGUGCUCACACAAAACACAUCUUUACUUUCUGCCUUGGCAGUACUGCAGGGUGGUGAAAUGGUUUAUUUAGUGCUUUCUGCUGAUUGAAAUCACAGGGACAGGAACCCCCUUUUUAUGGUAUUUUCCUGUUCUAAACAUGAGGGCUUUUGCUGUACAGCCAAUCUGGAUAUUUUGUCUCUUCCCACUAAUAAUGAGUACUUAUUAUGAGAAACAUUUUUUGUGUAUCCUAAAUUUGAGCCAAGCUUGGUGCUGUUUGAAAUCACUUAGAGCUUAUUUCUUUUCUCUUUUUUUUUGUUUUUGAGCACUAAAAAUGAAUAUUCAUGGUUUUGUC